GGUGCUUUUUAUUCCGGUGCGGAGAAAGUCUCCACCACAUAGCGUUCCACGGCUCCUGUUUUAACUUUGCAAACAGUUUUUCCGACAGUUUCUCGCAGAAUAUCAGUUUAUGGUUGUAGUGAUUACUGUGCUUCGUCACCGAGCCUGCUCUGAUACAAACAUGGUUCGCCGUCUGUUGGUGAGCUUUAUAGCCUUCAUCCACCUGGUGAUCGACAAGCUGCUAUACGUGGGGCUCAAAUGGUACUGGGGUCCAAGUAAGCAGCGAUGUCCGACCCUCCAGCGCAAGCAGCUCAUCGUGACGUAUAGUGCAGUCGAGCUUGCCACGAUGAUUCGCAAGCGCGAGGUGACAUGCUACGAGGUGGUCAGUGCGUUUAUCGAUCGUAUUAACGAAGUCAACCCGCUAGUGAACGCCGUCAUGGAUGGACCGAUAAUAGAGGCACUUGACGAGGCGCGGCGGAUCGACGAACGGUUCCAGCAGGGUGCUAUCGAUGAAGCGGAAUUGACUUCGAAACCAUUCCUCGGUGUGCCGUUUACGACGAAAGACAGUACCGCCGUCAAGGACCGGUUGCACACGCUCGGUAUUGUUGCUCGGAGCGGGGUCAAAUCGAAUAACGAUGCAGAGUGCGUACGGUUGCUGAAGGAAGCCGGUGCAAUCAUCAUCGCGACCACGAGCAUACCAGAGAUAAACCGUUGGCAAGAAACCCGGAAUAACAUCAUCGGACAGACGAACAAUCCGUUCGAUAACCGGCGUACAGUUGGAGGCUCGAGUGGUGGCGAGGGGGCACUACUUGCAGCAUGUGGAACACCGAUUGGCUUGGGAACUGAUAUUGGAGGCUCGAUUCGAAUGCCCGCUUUCUACUGCGGAGUGUACGGUCACAAACCUACCACCGGGAUCAUAAACACACGCGGAUGCUCCCUUCGUACUGGUCGCGAACCAUCGACCAUGGUCGUGGCCGGACCAAUGACACGCUAUGCAACCGAUCUACUCCCCCUCAUGAAGGUUCUCGUUAGUCCGGAAAUAUCCGUCUCCCUAAAGCUGAACGAACCGACGGACAUCCGAAAGCUGCGCUACUUCUACAUCGCCGAAUCCGGCGACAUCAAGUGCAGUGCGGUGCAGCCACAGCUUCAGAAAGCAAUGGACCGGGUAGUGGAUCACUUUUACCAACUCGCUCCGGGCGGUGUUAAGAAAGUAACGCUUAGCGGAACGGAAAAAACGACCAACAUGUGGCGCUACUGGAUGACGCAGGAACCUGCCAACUUUGGCACUCUGCUGGGUAACGGCAAACCGCUUAGUCCGCUAGUCGAGCUGGCUAAGAAGCUGACCGGUCGCAGUGAGUACACGAUGGCGUCGAUCUAUUCACUGAUCGAUACACUGCUCCCGCAAGAAAAAGAAGACAUCAUUAAGGAGCUGACCCGCCGCUGUGAUCAGGAACUGACCGAGUUGCUUGGAGACGAUGGAAUUCUAUUCUAUCACAGCACCACACACACAGCACCGUACCACUAUGCGGCCUUUGUUAACGUUUACAACUUUAGCUACUGGUGCCUCUUUAACGUGCUACACGUUCCGGCCACACAGGUUCCGCUGGGAUUGGAUGCCGAUGGAUUGCCUCUCGGCAUACAGGUGGUAGCGAGCCGUAACAGAGAUAGGCAUUGCUUAGCGGUGGCGGAAGAAAUGGAACGAGUAUUUAAUGGACGGAUCCCACCGUUCAUUGUUGAUUAGAAAGUAACCGACUUCUACCUAGGGACAUAUGGAAAAGGGACAUGUUACUUAUUAUGCUACAAAAGACACGUAUUUCCAUGGCAAUUUUCAAACCACCAAUUGAUUGAAACAUCUCUCUUACUUCUUCAAACUCUUCUCUUACUUUAAUUGCUUGGUUGUUGGUUAAAUAUUUAUUCAAUAAUUUAUUUCUUCGUCUUGUUUUUGUCAUCGUCUUGUACUGCUAAAAAGUAAAAUAAAUGGAACAAGCCUCACUGUGUGUUGCAGUUUUGUUGUCGAUCAAA